AGACAUGAAACUUGACAAUGGCGGUGGUUGCAGUGCAGCAAUUCCUCUGUUUCUCAGAAUCAAAUUGGAGAAACAUUACGAGGCCAUGCUUCCCCCCUCGCAGCUCCAUUCUUCUACGUUCACGCAAAAAGAUUCAUUUUUCACUCAUUUCAUGUUCUUCAUCGCAGACCCCAGAAGCUGAUACUGAAACUGCUGAAUCUUGCGUCAAUUUGGGUCUUCAGCUUUUCAAAAAAGGACGGGUUAAAGAUGCUUUAACCCAGUUUGAAACAGCACUUACCUUGAAUCCUAAUCCUGUGGAGGCCCAAGCUGCUUUCUAUAACAAAGCUUGCUGCCAUGCAUACAGAGGAGAAGGAAAGAAAGCAGCUGAUUGUCUCCGUACUGCUUUGAGGGAAUACAACCUAAAAUUUGGUACAAUUCUCAAUGAUCCUGACUUAGCCUCCUUCAGAGCUUUACCUGAAUUCAAAGAACUACAAGAAGAGGCCAGGCUGGGUGGGGAAGAUAUUGGCUACAGUUUUCGAAGAGAUCUAAAACUUAUUAGUGAAGUUCAAGCACCAUUUCGUGGGGUUAGGAGAUUCUUUUAUGUAGCACUGACAGCAGCUGCAGGAAUAUCUUUAUUUUUUACUGUGCCUAGGCUAUUUCGUGCAAUUAAUGGUGGAGAUGGUGCUCCUGAUCUCUUGGAAACUGCUGGGAAUGGUGCCAUUAACAUUGGAGGUAUUGUUGUUCUUGUGGCAUUAUUCUUUUGGGACAAUAAAAAAGAGGAGGAACAGCUUGCACAAAUAUCUCGAGAUGAGACACUAUCAAGGUUGCCUUUGCGCCUUUCAACUAACCGUGUAGUUGAACUUGUGCAGCUACGGGACACAGUUAGGCCAGUUAUAGUAGCAGGAAAAAAGGAAACAGUAUCUUUGGCAAUGCAAAGAGCAGAGAGAUUUCGGACUGAGCUCCUUAGACGUGGUGUUCUGUUAGUUCCUGUAAUCUGGGGAGAAGGUAGGGAGAUAAAAAUUGAGAAGAAAGGUUUUGGUGUUCAGCCAAAGGCUGCUGAAGCUCUUCCAUCUAUUGGGGAAGAUUUUGAGAAGAAAACACAGUCCAUAACUGCAAAAUCAAAGUUGAAAGCUGAAAUUAGGUUCAAGGCUGAGAUUGUAUCACCAGCGGAAUGGGAACAGUGGAUAAGAGAUCAGCAGAACUCCGAAGGAGUUGUACUUGGUGAAGAUGUAUACAUAAUACUACGCUUGGAUGGGCGGGUUCGAAGAUCAGGAACAGGUAUGCCUGACUGGCAGCAAAUUGUGAAGGAGCUGCCACCAAUGGAAGCAAUUUUAAGCAAGCUUGAAAGAUGAGAAGGUUUACAUUGCCUACUUUUCUUCCUGAAUCUGGAGGGUGCAAUUUUAUAUAAAUUUUUUCCUUCAUCAAUUGCAAAGUAUAAAAAGAAAGAUUAACAUUGAUGAAAUAGUUUGUUAACAAAUUUAUAUUGUACUUGUAUAUUUUUCUACUACACAGAUUGACUAGUGAAUGAAUCUGAAUUACGCAGCCUGCUCACAGUGAGUUGCGCUUAGUUAUAAUCAUGCAAUUUGAAAGGCUUGAUU